CCCGUGGUUCAGGCUGUGGUACGAGUAGUAGCAGCAGAGGGAUAACAUGCGGACUGCGGUCCUGUGGGGCCUGCUGGUCCUGCUGUGUCAGCAUGCACUGGUUAGCAGCCAUACACUGGGAAGACCUUCUUCUACCAGUGACUUGUCUCAGCUCAAGUCUUUACUGGAGCACUUUGAGGAGACUCUAGCUGAAGCAGCCCAGGAUGUGGACUCUGAAGCAGAUUAUGUGACAGACCAAGAGCCUGAGUCCAGCCAGGUCAGCAGAGGAUGGAGCCUAGACCAGGAGGGGGACCACGAACCUUUUAUAUCAGAAAGAUCUCAGUCACGAGCUGAGGGCCGCAGCAGGAAUAUAAGUGAGAAGAACCGCCUGCAGGACCUGCUAAUGUCCACCAGGAAACGAGCCUCCAGCUGCUUUGGAGCCAGGAUGGAUCGAAUAGGAAAUGCCAGUGGUCUGGGAUGCAACAAUGGAAGAGGCUAGUCUGACAGUUUGCUGGGACAUGGUGAACUUUUGUUUCAUCUCCAAUUGAAGACACAAUCAAGGAGAGGGGAUAUGUUUUACUUCGCAUUACUGACAGUUAAGCUGUGCACUGUAUCUCUUGUAUGCAUUUCUCUGUGUGAAGCAUUGACUGUAUAUAUGUCAAUGGUUUGAAGUGACAAACGGGCUGUUUGCUAACUGUAAUGAAUUCUCCUGUCACUGUGUAAUCUAGCAUCCUAAGGGAAAGGAGUUAACUACAACUGCAUGUGAGUUGCUAAUAAAGAUAAAUAAAAGCUUUU